AUGCGCGUGCGCAUCCCGUUCUCCUAUCGUCCUGGCCGACUCUACCAGCUCUCUAGUCAAGAUAGCCGCGCGUGUGAUGACGCGGCCAAGUCUCUGCCGUCCGCCGCCAAGCUUGAUGCAGACCUGCUCGGCUGGCCUGGACUCCUAUCGAGGAAGCAUCAAUUGAAAAACAGUAUUAUUCGCAAAUGUGAUAUCCAAAACCAUACUAAGGAAGGUGGAUCGUGGGUGAUAAUAGCAGGUCACGUGUUCGACGUAGAGAACUUCGAGUGCGACAACGCGAGUACAGUGGAAGCGAUACGGAAGCUUCGCGGAUGCGAUGCGACCGCCACUAUGAGUAUAGAACCACACGCCGCUUACCUGUCGCAGGUCACUGAGAAAUGCGUGGGAAUGUAUGCUGAUCAGAUAUAUAGUUUUAUGUGCCAGGAAAGUGCAUCAAGUCUCCGCACCUACCACAUAUUAUCGACGUGCGCGUUCAACGUGGCCUUAGGUCUGACGCAGUGCGGGUCUCGCCUCGCGCGCUCUCUGCCUGUACAACAGGCUGAACGUGAUGCUGCGCCUUAUGCUACUGCUAUGUUCUUGAGAGGAGGGUUACAGGACUCGCAACUAACAAACCCCUUCGACGAGGAGAAGGCGGAAGCCCGCAGUGGUUCGUCAACUGGCGGCAACAGUCCCGCAGGCGACGUCCCGCUCCCGUCCCGCACGGUGCGGCCGCCGCGCCCGCCGCCGCGCGUCAAUGUGGCGCAGGCGCCCGCCAGGGCCGAGGCACUGUUAUACGCACUUGCCGAGUCCAAGUUACAUGAUCCACUAGCACUACACCUAUGGUGGGCGUGCGAGAGGCGCGAAGGUUGCGCGCCACACUUUCCCCCGGAACAUCCUCUAGAGGAACUGCGGAGAGCGUUGCUAGCAGCUCUAUUAUACCACGCUGGAUUGAAAGAACAUGCUCUCGCUACUGCCAUGGCUGAAAUGGAGAAAGGUGAAGUGAAACUGUCGCCAGCGAUGUCUGAAAUAGUGAAGGCAGUCCAGCAAAGUAAAUGGACUCUAAUGCGAACUAGACAACAGCUCUCUCGUGGUUAUAAAGAGGUGUGUGCUGCACCUUUGGAAAGGGCAAGGUUCUUAUUACACGACGUUCGUGCGGCGAUUUCGCCAGCCGUGUCCUCGUUGUCUGCACGACCACCGGCUCAUCAGCCACCCACAGCCAAGAAAAUAUUCCAGAAAGUUAUGCGAGCGGCUAAGACUCCUGGUUUCAAUAAAUGUUUUGAAACCACAAAAGAUCUCAGAAAUAGACAGAACAGUCUAAGCAAAAGUAUGUUCAAAGCAACAGGCAGCUUACUACAGGGCGACGCUCUCCUUAUAAAGUCAACUAUAGGACAAACUUCCAAAACUCCAGAUGAUGCCCCAAGCAUAAUCAUUGAACACACUAAAGGGCGCAACGAGACAUCCGUCGUCACCUCCAAAGAUACACAUAACAGAUCCAAAGUUACCUUAAAAGUUAAAGAUAAGCCUUUAGAGAAAGAUUUAAAGAACGCGUCGAAUAACGAUGACAUGAAAAAUGAUGGCCGCGGUGACAGAGACAAGGAAGAUGGUCCAGAUAAAGAGUAUGAUGAUAAGACACCGACAAACGAGAUGUCCAUCAGCUCGAUUAACGAUAUAACCGACAACUCGAUUCUAAAAGAAUCGAUCGAAAGUGAAAAGCAAGUGAUGAUGCUGGCUGAUGAUCUGAAGACUGAUUUGAUUAUGGCUGAUGAGGAGAAAGAUGAUGAUAAUUCGGAAAGGAAUAAGUUUGUCAAUGCGUGGGUUUCUAGGCUUGCGUGUGACGAGAAAGAUUUAUAUUGGUUGUUAGAAGAAGUAACUCAAGAGCAACAAAACUUGACUGUAGCUAUAAUAGAUUUUGUGAUGACUGAAGAAACCUGUGAUAUAGACAUACUUAGAAGAGCGUUAUAUUGUCAGAUCCAAAGAGCUGAAAUAAGACGAAACGGUUACUCAAUGAUAAACAGUAUUCUGCACUCGUCUCAAACGUUAUCUGAAAGCGUGAAAUACGCCGCCCUGGCUGGUCUAUUAGGCGCUUGUUUGUCAGACGCAGUACCAUACGUGCCACUCAAACCCACUAUACCUUUAACUCACCCGCUUAUAGGGAUAGAGUCUGUGAUACCAUACUCGAAGUACAUGGUUCUAUUAGAACGGUCUAAGUUGAUGAAUUACAUACUGAUAGAGUUGAAAGCGAGGGUUUUGGAAGGUGAACAGACUCAGACGUUGCCGCUGAAGACGAGUGCGAACUGCGGAGCCCAUGCGUUGUUGAAUAGACCUUCGAGAGCAAGAUUCUUGAUAACUUUCCUAUCACUUCUGAUAGAAGGAUGUCAAGGUCCCGAACUAGAGCAGCUUAUAAACGGUGGCGCCCUCAGCUCGUGCUUGACUUUACUGAAGCAGAUUGGUGGUGACACAACACAGCUGACAUCCCUUAUUUGUAAUGGUUUGAGGUCAAAAUCGGAAUGCCUAAUAAUAUUCGAUGACGAGAGACUGGGAGCUCGCGCUAGAGGUGCCUCACUCACAGGCCCCGAACUAGCAUCGCUCAUGAAGAUCGGUACCCGAGUAGUGCGAGGAAAAGACUGGAAGUGGGGUGAUCAGGAUGGGAUCCCUGGAGGUGAAGGUCGCGUUAUUGGUGAACUCGGUGAGGAUGGAUGGGUGCGUGUGGCUUGGGACCAAGGUGGGACCAAUUCGUAUCGUAUGGGCAAGGAGGGCAAAUAUGACCUUAAACUGGCUCGCACGCCGUCACCACCGCCAUCUGUCGAUGAAACUGUACAUGGCACUACAAUAAUGGAAAGCAACGUAGAAUGGUGGCCAGUCAGCGAAGUCCGUGCAGCAUGUACGGGGGCUAUCCGCGCGUUAUGCGCAGGCGCAGGCGGCGCGUUGUCCGGCGUCGGAGCGAUCGCCCGGCGGAAUGUCGCCGCGCUACAGAGACGAUUGUUAACACUUGCCCAUGCGCAUGCUACUCCACCGCCGACAGCCUUCGCUGCUCAUUAUCAUACCGCUUUGGCGUUGUUACGAGCUAGUGCCCAGAGUCUUGAGAUGCGUAUAUCUCUGUGCACUGACUCGUGGUUCGAACUCUGCUACAGUAUUAUAUCGGCUGCGGACAAACCGGUUACACAGGAUCUCAUAUAUUUACAAAUUCAGUCACUAUGGCUUCUCCGUCGUAUACUAGUCGAACAUACCGGACCUCCGGAAUGGCGACGCACCGUCGGAGCUCAAUUACUUGCUUUGAUCGGUCGCUUGUGGUUGGAGACACACGCAUGGGACCCCGCGUUCAAGGUCAAUCAUCAGGCAGUAGUCAGUAAUAAUGAGGAGGAAGAAGUUGACAACAGAUGGCGUGCUCCGGCCACUGCGAGUUACACAGGCGCGACUUGUGCAGCGCUAGUCCAACUUGUGAGGCAGUUACAUUCAGCUCCACAAUGGCACACGCCUAUUACAACAUUGCUGUUAGACAAAUUGCAGUUGGCGGCGCAAACGGUAACGACCGACUGGCACUGGUGGCCACAUACCAGUCAAGAUUUAAUGCUGACUGUAAAGCCAGCGCCACCUAGUCUGGAGACUUGUCUAAUAGCGGGUGCGCUAGGUGUUGUGGGCGGUGUAGAAUGGCGCAUACGACUCGGUCAGAGAGUCCUGUGCGGUUCACCUCCUCGCACCGCCAUCGUCACGCAACUGUCACCGCGAGCGAAAAUCACGUUGUUACAUGAUGAUAAUACAGCGACUAAAGCGGAACUCCUAAGUGUCCAGAGUGCAGAGUCGGAACGCCUCUCUCUGCCGCUAGGUGGCGGUGAGAGCGCGCUGCGUGUGUGCGCCGCGUUGUUAGGCGCCGGCCCACAGGCCUCGCCUAUGCAUCCUAAUCAUUUACCUGCUGAAAUCGAUGUGUAUGGACUGAGGAAGCAACAGAUGGAGCUACUAACUUUGUGCGCUGUGCGAGGAUUGCUUACUACUAGAACACGGCUACGGAAAGCUUUGAUGCAACCGCCCGAUCAUGCUGGCAAUAUAGACCGAGGUACUACAUUGGGUACCGAAGGCACUUUACUACGUCGUCUGCUAGCGCUUGCCACGCGGCCGAGCCCGCUCGCGUCAUCGUUCACUACGCGGGAAUUGGAAUCAGCCGCGCUCACUAUAGUACAACAGUUAGCUGCUCAUGUUAAUGGAGAUGAAAAGGACCACGAAACGCCUCCUGAAAUGCCGAUUAUAGACAAAAGUAAUGUAAUGCAAUUAUCUAUGGGACCAUCUACAAGUACCGCCUCUCUCUCGAGAAAAGACCUCAACACAUGGGCCAAUUCCUCACAAGUGCAGCAAGUCAUAGAAAUGGGCUUCUCUAGGCACGCUGUGUACGGUGCUAUUCAAGCUUUAGGUGGUGCCAGCUUGCCUUCAGUAGAAUCUUUAGUAGCUUACCUAUUAGAACUGCCUCAGCAAGGAAUGGAUGACUCUGUGUUUGAAGUGAAGCCGCAUAGUAUUAAACAGGAGAAGAAACAGACUCCGUACAGAUGGCGCAGUUGUUUCGCCUCUGAAGAAGAGUACGCGCAGUACUUGUCUGAUGUCAUAACUCCCGGGAUGACUGUACGGUGUUGUAAAGCGGUCGAACCUGUUGCUUUAGGUGAUGUGGGACAAGUACAGAAAGUUGAACGUGACAUAAAGCAAAAUGUAUUUCUUCAUGUGGAAUGGCGUGGUCUAGGCCGCGUGUUCGGCGUGCGCGCAAUGCACGCGGAGGUCGUGUCGGGCACGCCGCCCUUCGCAGUUGGCGACAGGGUGCGGGUCCGAGCGGCCGUGACACAGCCGCGGUAUAAAUGGGGCUGUAUCGACCACACCAGCGUUGGGACUGUCACUUCAAUAUCAAACAACGGUCGUGAUCUAACAGUAGAUUUCCCACAACAACCUGGGUGGACUGGACAAGUCAGUGAGAUGGAGCUCGUCACUGAUCAAUCGGAAUGGGGUGAAAGUGCGGGCGGGACAGCGGUGGGCUGGCGCGGCGCAGUGCGGGCCGUGCGUGUGUCCACGUGUCGGCCCGGCGCCGGCGCCAGGCGACUGCUGGACUCCCAGCCACACACCUACUGGCAGAGCUCCAGUGGGAAUGGACAGCACUGGAUUCGCGUAGAAAUGCGCAACGGUGUCCGUAUCCGCCGCCUCGGGCUGGGCGUGGGCGGAGGCGCGUACGGGCCUUCGGCGUUAGCGGUCCGCGCCGGCGCCACGUUUGAUGAAGCCGCUCUGUCACCGCUGGCAGCUGUGCCUUGUGCGCCCUCUGCCUCUGGGAGAGAUCGACCUCCUACACAUCUAGCACAGAUACAGCUGUUGGCUGACUGUAAACAGUAUUAUCCUUGCAUUGAAAUUGGAAUAAAACAAAACCGAAACGUGAACGCCGACUGCCGAGUACACGGUCUCUACAUAACUGGUUUCAGACCAAAUCCGUUGUACACUGAAGUAUUAUCGAGUAUGAACUUUGUGGCUGAAGAUUGGAUGGAGAAAGAGAAUCCAACGGGAGCUGUGUCUGCUGAUAAUAAUCCGCCUGCUUUACCAAAUGACUGCCCCAAAGUAUUUGUAUGGGGUCUGAACGACAAAGACCAGCUGGGUGGUGUGAAGGGUUCCAAAGUUAAAGUGCCAGUCUUCUCGCCUAGUCUCAGCGCAUUCAGACCUGUACAUAUCGCGGGGGGAUCUAAAACACUGUUCAUUGUGUCGCAUGAUGGAAAGUUAUACGCUUGCGGGGAGGGUACGAACGGUCGUCUUGGCCUAGGCCACAGUAACAACGUGUCGAGUCCGCGCGCUAACCCGUACCUCGCGCACGUACUCGUACGGAAGGUGGCCGUGCAUUCCGGCGGGAAACACGCUCUCGCACUCACUGCUGAUGGAAAGGUGUAUUCAUGGGGCGAAGGCGAAGACGGCAAGUUAGGUCACGGCAACCGGCUCACAUUAGAAAUGCCUCGCCUCAUUGAGACAUUAUCUGGCGAGCGGGUUGUCGGUAUCGCGUGCGGGUCCGCGCACAGUGCGUGCGUGACUGCCAGAGGACAUCUGUACACGUGGGGAAUGGGAGAGUACGGAAGACUUGGACAUGGGGAUGAUAUGACGCAGCUUGCACCUAAAAUGGUGGAAGCCCUUUCAAACUUCCGAGUAGUUCAAGUCGCGUGCGGUUCCCGUGACGCUCAGACCCUCGCGCUCACCGCCUGCGGCAAAGUGUUUUCUUGGGGCGACGGAGACUUCGGCAAGUUGGGUGUGUCAUUGAACUCAGGUCGCGGUGGCUCUGACGGUUGCGCUGUACCGAUGAACAUUGAGAGGCUCAACACGUUAGGCGUCAUCCAAGUCGAGUGCGGAGCUCAGUUUAGUUUGGCUUUGACGAGAGAUGGAGAGGUUUGGACAUGGGGCAAAGGCGACUACUUCCGUUUAGGCCACGGCUGUGAUGCGCAUGUGCGGCGCCCUACUCUAGUAGAAGCGUUGCGCGGCCGUCGCGUUAUACAUGUAGCUGUUGGUGCAUUGCACUGUCUAGCUGUUACGAGUGAUCAUCAGGUAUGGGCAUGGGGUGACAACGACCACGGUCAGCAAGGCAACGGUACGACCUGCGUGAACCGUAGACCCGCGCUCGUAGCAGGCGUAGAGGGCGUUCAACGAGCGGCCGCAGGCUCCUCCCACUCCGCCGCGUGGUCGCUACGGCCAGCUGCGCUACAGGCCGACGCGAAGUCUCCGCAUAUAGCGCCGCUUUCGUUCCCAACACUUAAAGAUCCUUUAGGAGCUCAGAGUCUAGGGCUCUACUCCGAAGAAGCGACAUUCGACGAGCCUGUAGGUCCACGGGUUUACUUGGCUUCAGCUGCGUUAGCUCUGGAACCACCUGUCGCCGUGCAGCAUGCUUUAUCCUUGAUAUUGCUUGCAUUGCAUAUAACACAAGCGCGUCAGUUGCUGGUGGAAGCGUUAAGAGCUCACGAAGCGUGUGCAGCAGCGCCGGUGUCGGCGACUAUCGAUAUAGAGGACGAAGACGCCGAGGCGGACGCCAGGACGGGCGGCGGCGAGGCCCCGGCUGACAGGGCCACGUUACCGAGUGGUGCAAGUAGUCCACUGAGUGGGUCGAUAUCGUCCCGACAUUCAGCGGUAAUGUCAUCAAGCGCUGUGUCUGUAGCCGCAGCCACUAUGACUGUGCAACAGGCGGAAGCGCCUAAGGUCAGCUUAAUCGAGUAUACCGGCACUCUGGCGCUCGACGAGUUCACGUCUCAACUGGGCGAGUCGGACGCGAGGGCUCUUGUAGACCUGCUGAAGUUAGCCGCGGCAGGCAGGAUACCAGACUCGAAUAAUGCCGUGAAGAUUAUCACUGAUGUACUUAUGGCACUAUGCGCCAGCAAGCCAGCAGUAGCAGACAUGGUGGUGGAGGUGUGCGUGUGUGAGCUGGAGGAGGCGGCGGCGGGAGGGGGGCGCGCCCCUCCGCAACCCGUCACCGUCGACAGCCCGCACCCGUACGCUGACGAUACUGAUAUAUCGGGUGUAGUAAAAAUCGCUGGUGCGACAUCCCUACGUGUUGUAUUCGAGCAGGGCUGUUCCACAGAGCGACGGAAUGAUCCUUUGACAAUAUCGGACAGCACCGGUCGUGUGCUAGCGACGAGGUCAGGACGCGAACCCUCUGAUUGGUCACAAGAGAUUGUAGUUAACGGUGAUGAGUUGCGUUGGCGAUUCACAAGCGACGGUUCCGUCAACGGGUGGGGAUGGAGGUUCACCGCUCAUCCUCAGCUACCCACACAUUCUGUCUCUCAGGAUUGCGGUUCAGAUCGCUACGUGUUAUCCUGUCCGUCCGUAGAGUUGGCGUGGCGAUUACUGGACGGUCCUCUAUUGGCAGCAAUAUCGAAUGAUCACCAGUUGGCGCCGCGAUUGGCUCAAGCUUUGGCGAUUUGCGCACAGAUGCCCACGCUAUUUAGUGAAAGUCCCGUGUUUGUCGCAGCGUGGCGCGCGCGCGUGUGGUGCGUGCGGCGCCUGCGCGGGGUAGUGUGCGGGGGCGCGGGCGGCGCGGUGGAGGCCAGCACGGCGGCGCCGCCCGCGCUGCAGCACCUGCCGCAGCUGCUGCACGCGCAGUACGAUCACGAGGAGCCCGCGCUAAGGACCGGCUCGCAUCUGCUGCACACGCACUACCUCAAGGAACUAGCAUGGCUCGCCUGCGGUCUACGUAUGGAAGCCCGUGUGUGCAGCGGUCCGGACGGCGCCCGCUGGACGUGGUUCAAGCGCUACUGCCUCUGCGUGCGCACAGCUGACGCACUCAUCCGUCGCAUUACCUUACCGACACCCUUCUUAGCGGAUGUUCGUAAGAGAUUAGCGGAUCUUGGCGUGUAUAAUACGGAUGAGGCUACCAGUGAAACGUGCUACCAAUGGGAAGAUAAUGUCAAGUUUACGAAGCAGCACGAUGAACAGCUCUUGCAUUGGGUUAAUAAGCGUCCAGAGGACUGGUGCGGUUGGUGGGGCAGCGGUUCCCGAGGUUGUGCUGUGUACGGCUGGGGCCACAACCACCGCGGACAAUUAGGCGGGGUGGAGGGUGCCAAGGUUCGCACGCCCACCCCGUGCCACGCUCUCGCCGCUCUCAAUCCCGUUCAAUUAGUUGGAGGAGAACAAACGCUCUUCGCCGUGACGCCAGACGGAAAAGUCUAUGCCACAGGUUAUGGCGCUGGCGGUCGUUUAGGCAUUGGCGGUAUCGAUUCUGUUUCACAGCCCACUUUGCUAUCUUCACUUCAGCACGUUUUUAUAACAAAGGUGGCCUGUAAUUCAGGAGGCAAGCAUUGCCUAGCGCUUUCCUCUGACGGUGAAGUAUACAGCUGGGGUGAAGGUGAAGAUGGUAAAUUAGGCCAUGGGAACAGAGUGAGCUACGACCGUCCAAAGCUAAUAACCGCUCUAUCUGGACUGGAAGUGGUAGCGAUCGCUUGCGGCGGAGCGCAUUCCGCGUGUCUGACCGCGCGUGGGCGGAUAUACACAUGGGGUAAGGGCAGGUAUGGGAGGCUCGGACAUGGGGACUCUGAAGAUCAGCUGGUGCCUAAAAUGGUGGACGCAUUAUCGACGUAUAGAGUGAUAGAUGUCGCCUGCGGUUCAGGAGAUGCGCAGACGCUUUGCAUCACUGAUGACGACAACGUCUGGUCUUGGGGAGACGGUGACUAUGGGAAAUUAGGUCGUGGCGGAUCAGAGGGCUGUAAGCUUCCUAUGCGAAUAGACUGCCUAAAAGGUCUCAGAGUUAUCAAAGUAGAAUGCGGAUCUCAAUUCUCUGUUGCUUUGUGUCAAUGUGGAAGUGUUUAUACUUGGGGUAAGGGAGAUUACCAUCGACUCGGUCACGGCAGCUACGAGCAUGUGCGUCGACCAAUGCGUGUUACUGGCAUGCAAGGAAAGACUAUAGUAUCUAUAGCUACAGGGAGUCUCCACUGCGUCGCGUGUACGGACAGCGGCGAGGUUUACACGUGGGGUGACAAUGAUGAGGGACAAUUAGGAGACGGGACCACGCUUGCAGCUCAGAGGCCUAGGCUUUUGAUGGCUUUACAGGGUAAACGCGUAACUAAGGUGGCUUGCGGCAGCGCUCACACUGUAGCGCUGUGUGUGGAGGCGCCUCGCGCGCCUAGACCACCUCCACCGCCGCCGUUAGAAUGCCAUCUGCUAAGAGAUCUGCCGACACAACUUAUAUGCAAUCGAUUGGUAUUGUUGCAUCAAUUUUCGGAACUGGUUUGUCCAAAUCUACCGUUAUUGAUCCUUGACGGUCCUCUAGAUCAAUUAAGGACCCUGCUGUUCUAUAGCGUUAAGGAAGCGGCGUUUAGAAAGGCAAUAAUGGCAACAAUGCUACGUGAGCGUCAACACGGGCCUGUAGUGGAGCUGUCCCGCGUGGCGGCGCGUCGCGCCCGGCGCGGCGGCAGCGGGCUGGCGGGCCCCGCCGGCAUGCGCUCCGUGUUCGGGCAGAUGGUGGCGCGACUGCCCGCGCUCACGCAGGAGGCGCUGGCGUUGCCGCAUCGCGUGUGGAAGGUCAAGUUUGUCGGUGAGAGUGUGGACGACUGCGGCGGCGGCUACAGCGAGAGCAUCGCGGAGAUGUGUGAGGAGUUGCAGAACGGCUCGCUGCCGCUGCUGAUGGCCACACCCAACGGACGCGGCGACGCCGGCGCCUCCAGGGACGCCUUCCUACUCAACCCCACUGCUAAUACACCGCUGCAUCUUAACUGCUUCCGAUUUCUUGGUGUACUAAUGGGUAUCGCAAUCCGUACCGGUUCGCCCCUAUCUCUCUCGCUCGCUGAGGGCGUAUGGCGGCAGUUAGCAGGACAGCCGCUACGGCCGCAAGACUUGGCGGAAGUGGACAAAGACUUCUUGCCGGCACUGCUUUGUAUACGGGAUAUGACGCCUAGUAAUAAGGAACUACAAAAUCUCGAGCUUCCAUUCUCGAUACCGUCGGCGGCUGGUCAUGAAGUGCCGCUAUCGACCAGGCACAAGAGAGUCACGCCUGACAACAAAGACGAAUACGUGCAGUUGGCUCUACACUACAGACUGCACGAGUUCGACGAGCAAGUCCGCGCGGUCCGCGACGGCAUGUCCCGCGUGAUCCCCGCGCCGCUGCUGGCGCUGUUCACGGCGGCCGAGCUCGAGACCCUCGUGUGCGGCUCGCCGGACAUACCCGUACAGGCGCUCAGGGCCUCCGCCACUUAUAAAGGUAUCGAGCCCAACGCGCCACUAGUGCAAUGGUUCUGGGAGGUGAUGGAGGAGCUGUCGGGCAGCGAGCGCGCGCUGUUCCUGCGCUUCGUGUGGGGACGGACCCGGCUGCCGCGGGCGCCGCAGGACCCGCGCCAGAGGGACUUCGUACUGCAGGUUUUAGACAAGUACCAGCCGCCAGAUCACUUCUUGCCGGAGAGUUACACGUGUUUCUUCCUUCUCAAGAUGCCAAGAUACUCAUGCAAGACUGUGUUAAGGGAGAAACUGAGGUACGCGAUCCACUUCUGCAAGAGUAUAGACACGGACGAAUACGCGCGCGUGGCGCUGAGCGCGGCGGAGCGUGUGUCGUCCGAGGAGUCGGACUCGGAGGACGCGCCCGCGCCCGCCGCGCCGCCCGCGCUGUACUCGCUCAGCCGCCCGCCCACGUGGCUCUGAGCCCAGCCCUGGACCAUACACGACGACAUCGCGCUGCUCGCGGCGCGGAACGUGUGCGGUAACUGACAUACAACCUGUUCGUAACAUGUGGGACUAAUGCUUCUAGGCCAGCCGUCGUAAAUCUUGGACCUCGCUGUACUCGCGCUGCAUGUGCGGUAAUUGACUGUAAAGUUUACGGAAUAAUGUUGGACAUUUGACUGUCGAAUUUAUAAAAUUCAGCGGGCUUCCGACGUGGCUUUGAAGUAGCCGACAACGACGUACGACACUACUGUGGUACCUGACUGUAGCACAUGGUUGGGUGAAACAAAAACGAGCAUCUUUUAAUAUGAACGUGUGGUGUCGAGUUUGCGACUUCAUAUGAGGACAAACUGGAGAUAACCGGCAGCUCCCAUACUCGCCUCUAGUAUGACAAAUAGUUCAGCACUGUUGAACAAAUCUCUCUCUAUCGAAUACAACCCGCUUGGCACAUUUACAGUGCCUGCAUAUCAGUCCGUCAUUGAAGUUCUAAAUUAGAAAUCGUGAUGUACACAUACAUAUUCUCCACUGCAAUUUGCGUACAUUUAAAAUAUUUAUAAGUAUGAUGUCUAUUUUGUAUUUGUGAAAUCUGAGAAAAUGAUGUAAUAAUAUUUGUUAUUUUUUUAAUCGACAUGUUUUAAAUUAAGGUUAAGGAGACCAGAAAUCUGUAUUUUUGUGUUACUUGUAUCAGCAAGGACCAUUGUCUUCGAACUAUUUUAAAAAUUAUUUAGAUCUAUGUUACAUUGUUUACUUGCAAGUAUUUCAUACUAGUCGAUAACAGUAUGUUUAAGGACGAAGCUUCAUUAGUAUUUUUCUAUACGAAAACAUUAGUGAGGUGUUAAAGAUAUUUGGCAUUCGCACGAUAUAAUAUAUAUUGAUAUUGAUUGAGCGAUGUCUCUGCGAAUACUCUGAAAAUCAAUUACUCAUUGUAAUCAUGAUAUUUUACCGUAGUAACACUUUUAAAUCUAUGUUCACUAUUUUAUUAAGACUUCCUUAUAUUGUGCGUACAAUAUAAGUUAACGUUACUUGUGUAGCAAAUUGGAUUUUCAAUUACAGCAUUCCAUCCAUAGCCUAGGACACAAACGCACGAACAAUUUUUAUCACUAAAAAUGUAUACAACGAGAAGGCAACACUGCCACAUUCCAUAUUGAUUAAUGUAAUGCUUUUAAAUCUCUUACACGUCGUUUUAACACAUAGGAUCACUAAACUCAGUCCUCGUUUAUGUUUUAAUUCUCACAAAUGAAUGUUACAAGUAGUGCAAACUCCUAAGUUGCAAUGUUUGAGCAAUAAUACUUUAAGCCCGAAUUGGACUGAGUUUAGUGGCACAAUUCGUUAUUUUUAAGGAACGAUGAAGCCCCAAGGAAUGGCUUAAUGAUGGCGAAAAGGAAUGUUAAAGUAUGCGGACAACGACAAAGCAUGUAUAUAGAAUGUGUAAGUUCCAAAUUUUAGGCGGAGAGGUCCUAUUCAAGGACCUAAAAUGACCAACAAGAUAUACACAACAAAUAUAAAAAGUUCAGUAUUAAUCGGUAUUCGAAUACAAUAGCACAAUUUCAAAAUUAAUGCGUUUAUCACAUGGGCUUUGGCAAAGAGCCACGUAGUAAGAUCUCAGAAAAUUAUUACAACUAACAAAAUUACUAAAAUGCAAAAAGAUACAAUUUAAUAGAAAUUGACUGAAUAAAUCAUGGAACUGUGAUGUUAUUGGCAUAAAGCGAGGGUACGGUUGUAUUAGAUAGGAUUUGUAAGAAUGCAUUUUCGCGGAUCAAAUGUUAUAAAAAGCUAGUCAUUUGCUGCAAUUUAUACGUAGGUCGCCGGCAAGAUGUUAAUGCAAAAUUAGAUCGCCACUGUUGUGAAUGCUGCCUGGGUCUUAGAUAUAGUCGUUAACAUUAUCAUCUACAACUUGUUGCCAAUUAUAUAAGUAAGUAAUGAGUUAGUAACCAAUCAAUGCAGGGUGAAUCAUUGGCAACACUGCUGGAAUGCAUAAUUUAAAAAUGGCAGUACCUUUUCUCAACUAACCUUGUUACCUUGCCAUUUCAAAUAUAAAUCUUUAUUAACCACAUUUUACAAUGAAUUUUGGAAUUAUGAAAUUGAUGAUUUAAUUAGAUGGGAUAUGAAAAAUAUAGUAAAGACGUUUCAUAACACUUCACUAGAACAAUGUUGUAACAAUGUAUACUUAUUACAUAAGACCUGUGUUAAAUGCAAUCGAUUGUUAAUGUUGUUUUUUUUUUAUAUUCUACUAAAUAUACCAAUCGCUUCAUUGUUUGGUGAAUGCAAAGUAACUGUGUUGUUUGUAUGUAUCCGAAUCCUAUCUCGACAAUUAUUUAUUGUAAUUAUAUUAGAUCUUCACUAAAUAGUUGCUUUGCUAGUGAUGUUAAUCUGUAGGCUUUUGGUGCUAGACUUUCACGAUUAGUCUAAAAUUUUGAUACUGAAAUAAUAUAGAAUGCACAAAAUAAAACAGUACUUUAUGUCAAUUAUUUUGCAAAUAUUACUCAUUUCGUUUGUAUUGUAUUAUCAGAUUUAUGUUAAAAUUGAGUAUUUUUGUUAAAAUAAUUUGAUUAAAGAAAUAAUUUACCCUAAUGGUAUUGGUGACAGCAUCCUAUGUCCAUUCCUAAGCCUAUAGUGAUAAAUUAAAACUUGCAAAAUAGAUGAAUGCCAUUGAAACCUUAGUACCAUAGUAGGUAACAAUUAAUUAUGUAAAGUUAGUUAAAAUCAUUGCUACUUCACUAGCCAUUCAUAUGAUAUAUUAUUUUUCGAUACCUAGCCUUUUCUAUUGUCUCCAAUACUUACCAAUAUUCCUUAACACCAAAGAGUAAAUAAGUAAGGAAAAUGACUGUUCUUUCUCUUGAGAUCUGAAACUAUGAAGCUUUUUUGUGAUCUAUCUGUGCAGCAUUAUUUAUUUUAUACAUGCAUAUUAUAAAGUACUAUAAAUAAAUAUUUAAUUCAA